CUGCCCCCCGCCCGCCCUCCGAGUCACCGCGGCCGCCGACGCCGCCGACAGCCGGAUUCCCACCCACACUGACCACAGCCACGCAGCCCGCCGACCCCUCGGGACUCCCUCCCACGCUGGCCACAGCACUCGAGUCCUCUCCGCCCGUCGUAGACCCCGUCCUGCUCGCCGAAGAGGCCGUCGCUUCCAUUUCUUCCUCCAUGCCGCCUCCAAGCGGCGAGAUACGGCGCAAAGCGCCUCGACGGAGGAGAAUACCUGCUGCCAGUACCGAAGCAUCCAAAAAGAAACGGGCGGGGAAGAUCCCGGGCACGGCAGCGUCGACACCUCAAGCUGCGUCGGACGACGAUUCUGUCAGCCAAGCAGGAUCCAAACGAGCGGCUUCAGUGCUCGACGACGACGACGAGACGUCACUAGCGGGGUCAGUCUCUUCUUCGCGUGCGGGCUCCCUUGCUCCGGGGCGCGCAAAGCGUGCGAAAACUUCCCGGGGCCCUCGGGUCGCUACGAUUGCCCUCACCGAUGUAGAGCCCGAAGAAAUGGUAGGCAGUCCGGUUACGGAAGAGAUGACCAUGGGCGACCUCGCCACCGUACUCGUCUCGGAAGGCCGGGUAUCCUCCCGCGCUAUCAAGAUUGACGAAUUUCGACGAGCAGAAAUGCUCAAGAAGAAGGAGGUUGCUCAAAAGCGUGCCGAGGAAACUUGGAAGCGUAAUCAGAUCAAGAGACGUAAAGUCCGUGCUGCUCAAAACAAGGAUAGGGCAAAGAGAAGAGAAGAAAUUAGGAAACAAGGCGGGGACGAGAAGGAUGUCUCUCCCGAUGAGAUGGACUCUGACGAAGAGUUUGAGGUGGCUCCCGAGAGACUUACACCCCCGCGAUCGUCCUCGGAAGAAGCGGGAGAGCGUGCGGCAGCAGGCUUUGGCCAAGGCGAUGAAGAGGACGGAGCGGUCGACUCGGAUGUGCAAGAUGUGGCUGUAGACAAUGGCCCCCUUGACGAAGAGGACCAGGCGUUUGAAAACAUGUUUGGCGAUAACGCCCGUCCCAACUCCCUUGCUCCCGAAGACAAUGCAGUUAUCGCGAAUGAGGAGGAGGAGGACGCCGCCACGGCCGCCCUUCGCGCUGCUGGCUUCACCGUCACAGAUGAUCCUGUAUCUCCCCGGUCUAAUGAUGACGGGUGGGGUGGUCCUGGUGGAGCGGAAGAGUUUGAUGUCGCCGAUUAUCGAUUAGCAUUGCAAGAAAAACGACUUCGAGAGUUUAGGGAACGUGAGGAGGAGGAUGGUGAUGUGGUGGAAGUUGACGAUGAAACGCGUUUUGUCAAUUCGGCGACGUACGGAAAGAAUAGGAAAUCACAGAGAUGGUCAAAGAUGGAAACAGAGCUGUUCUACGAGAUCCUGGGCGAGACUGGCGAAAACUAUACUCUGAUGAAGGCAUAUUUCCCCGGCCGUGAUAUCCGUUCACUUCGACUGAAAGGUGCGCGGGAAAACAAGGUGAAUCCGGAAAAAAUGACAGCUGCCAUCAUGGCGCGCAAACCACUCGAUAAAGAUUACCUGGCGAAAUCCGCGGGAUACGAUGCGAGUCGAUCGUGGGACAAGGAAGAAGCCCUCUUUGAGGAAGCCAAGGCCGAUGUCGAGAGGUUGCGGAAACUCGAUAGCGAACAACCGCUCGGGAAAGAUGUCGAAGAUCUGGAUGAGCAGUCUGGAGAUAUGAUGGAAGCAGACGAUGAUGAUGGUUUGCAGAGGAUUGAGGAGAUGGAUGUGGAAGAAGAGGAAGGGAAAAGUGAAGAUGGAAACGACGAGUAGGAGUUCAUGGAGAUAUUUGAAUGAGGACUAAAGUAUAAAGAGUAUAAUUCGAUUUUCGAUCGUGAUUAAAAGAUAUUGCUUUAGAGAGUAAAAAGCUAAAAAAUUGAGAAAUUUGUAGAAGCUUCAUUUCCGGGUUUAUUUGGUGUUGUAUGCUUCAAAGUGUUCCGACUUUUUGAGUCUAUAGUAUGUAUGUUUGUUUGUGAUACUACCCCAACAAUAAUACAGUACGGGGAUGCGAGUUAC